UUUGCCAGUGGUGGGUUAUUAUUUUAUUUUUGGAACAAAUCAACCGUUAGCCAAUAUCCAUUUGGUCGAGUCCGGCAGCCGGAUUCGAGCGCACCAAACGGAGAAAAAUUGUGGUCCACGGUGUACGAUAACGGUUUAAAGCUGCGUUCGGACGAGACCGUGCCGGGCUUUAGCUCGGCCUCGCCCUGGCCCACACUCGAGCUAGAAUGGGGCCGCAAGCUGUAUCCGUCCUCGGUGCCGCGCGGUGCCGGUGGGAUGAUGUUCGGCCUUCCACCGACCGGGGCGGACAUGAAUCAACCGCGCGGUCCCAUGACGUCGCUGAAGGAGGAACCGCUUGGAGCGCGGGCCUGGAUGCAACCCGCCGUCGAUCAGGCAAACUUGGGCAUUGGACGAGCGCACUUCGAGAAGCAACCGCCAAGCAAUCUGCGAAAGUCAAACUUCUUCCACUUCGUGGUCGCCCUGUACGAUCGUGCCGGUCAGCCCAUCGAAAUCGAGCGGACCGCUUUCAUCGGCUUCAUCGAGAAGGAUCAGGAACCGGACGGUCAGAAGACGAACAACGGCAUCCAGUACCGGUUGCAGCUGCUGUACGCUAAUGGUGCCCGCCAGGAACAAGACAUCUUCGUGCGGCUGAUCGACUCGGUAACAAAACAGGCGAUCGUGUACGAAGGACAGGACAAGAACCCGGAGAUGUGCCGAGUACUGCUGACGCACGAGGUCAUGUGCAGUCGAUGCUGUGACAAGAAAAGCUGUGGCAAUCGCAACGAAACACCGUCAGAUCCUGUGAUUAUCGAUCGAUUUUUCCUUAAGUUUUUCCUCAAGUGCAACCAAAACUGUCUGAAGAAUGCGGGCAACCCACGCGACAUGCGACGAUUUCAAGUAGUGAUAGCGACCCAGGUAGCCGUGGACGGGCCGCUGCUGGCCAUCUCGGACAACAUGUUCGUCCACAACAACAGCAAGCACGGGCGCCGGGCGAAGCGGCUCGAUCCCGAAGGUACAGCCAAUUCUCCGUUGGCAAUGUCGGGCCACCAUCUGGCCCCGGACAGUACGUACGACGGCAUCUAUCCACCACUUCCAAUGGCAACACCUUGCAUCAAAGCCAUCUCACCGAGCGAAGGCUGGACUACGGGUGGUGCUCAGGUUAUUAUCGUUGGCGAUAAUUUCUUCGACGGACUUCAAGUUGUCUUCGGCACCAUGCUCGUGUGGAGUGAGCUUAUCACAUCUCAUGCCAUUCGUGUCCAAACGCCACCCCGACACAUACCCGGAGUUGUUGAGGUAACUCUAUCGUAUAAAAGUAAACAAUUCUGCAAAGGAUCACCAGGGCGGUUCGUCUAUGUCUCACUCAGUGAACCAACGAUCGAUUACGGUUUCCAACGACUCCAGAAAUUGAUUCCUCGCCAUCCCGGCGAUCCGGAGAAACUUCCGAAGGAGAUCAUUCUAAAGCGAGCGGCUGAUCUGGCGGAAGCACUCUACUCGAUGCCACGUUCACCAAACGGGACGUCCGGGUUCAACUCGUACAGUGGGCAGCUUGCCGUUAGUGUGCAGGAUGGAACUGGCCAGUGGACAGAAGAUGAGUAUACACGAGCCCAAAGUAGUAGUGUGAGUCCACGAGGUGGAUACUGCAGUAGCGCCUCGACACCCCAUUCGUCCGGGGGUGGAUCUUACGGUAGUAGCAAUGGGUACGCCACCGCACCUAACAUGACCGGUCUGUCAUCGUCACCUGCGAGCGUCUUCAACUCCUCUACAAGAAUCAAUGGGCUGAUGAGUGGUGGCAGUGGCUUUAGCCCGUACUCAAUGACGACCUGCGCCUCACAGGGCUACACGCCGAGUCCGUUGGCCGCUACGACCACGUCCAAAUGAGCGCUUACGCCGGGGGUAGCGAUCGCCGGCAUUGAACCUCCGGUAGAAUCCUGUUAAAUAGUUUUCGGGAGAAUUAUUUUGUACAAAACAAAAAAAACUCACACAAAAAUUGGUGGAAAAAGGAAGGUUGGAUUCGUUUGUUUUUUAGUACACCCUCCACAAAGAGGCUUGAAAUCACGAGUCUAAUCACGAGAAAGCGAAGGCGAUUAGAGCGAUACUAAAACUACUAGCUGUACUAAGGCGAUUCAUUUUAUAUAUUUUCCUCGUUAAUGUGCAAUAACAGACUCACACAACCACACAAAGUCGAAGCUGGCAGAAAAAGCGCGCUUAGGUCCAUUCUUUGUACAGUUUCUGUAAAGUAUGUUUAUUCAUAUCACAGUCACUUUUUUUUAGUAUGGUAAGGGCAUAAAUGGGCCCUUCUAGGAGAGUAGGGACAAACGUUCAUACUAUGCAUAUAUAUAUAAAUACUUAAAGUAGUUAAUUUUUUGCCAAAAAAAGGAAGGAAUGAGAGGAAAAAAACAUUGAGACUUUAACCCCAUUUAACGACUAAUCUUAUAUACACUAAACUAAUCGAAUCCGAUAGUUCGCGAGUCAACGAAGUGGGGACAUGCGUCAUAUUUUAUCAAAAUUCCAGCUAGUGGAAUGAAAGUGGAAAACUCUUGCUGUAAUAGUAAAAAGCGGAGAAAGAUCAUCUGAGUAGAAAAGGGUAGAUCGAUCCGGAUCGUAACGAAUCAAAACCAAUCGAGUACAUAUCGAAAACGAACGUAGCCGGAUUUGAAUUUGGCCGGUAGUUGAGUCCACCGGAAGCAGUAGCCACCAGCCCAGAUUCAUCACCACAAUCAUAUCUUUAUGAAAUAAUCAUUUAAAGCAAAAUAAAAUUACAAAAACACAUUAUAAAAUGCAGCCAAAAUUUACCAGCCAUUAAAAUCUAAAUGUUUGAACACGAGAAAAAGAAACACACACCCAAUAUAAAGAUACUUAUAGUAAAAAAAAACACACGCUAGUAAAUAUGCCGAUCGAUUUAUCCAAGGGUUCGUAAAGCAUCCGCGAAUCAUUAAAGGAUGAGCAGGAUCACGGAGUGUAAUCAAAGAUAAGCGCGAUCGUAUGGCUAGAAAGAAACGUCCGGGAACCGAGCUAGAACGCAGACAGUAUACGAGCUCGCUACCGAUUCGGUGGAGUGUCCCUGGAAUCCAAAACCAAAAAGGCACUAAAAUCAAACACAUCGUUGCGAUCGUAAUAGUAAACUAAAGAAUUGAAGCCAAUCACCGUGUGCAGCAGAACAUAAACAUUGCAAGAAACUGAAACAAGAGGAUGUUUUUGAGGCACACAAAAAAGAAAUAGACGAGAACGGAGAUCGUUGCGAAAGUGGACGAUGAGACAGGAAGCAACAUUUCGCAUUUAGGUAAUUUAUCAAUUAUGGAGACGAUUUUCUUUGACAGGAAGAAAUUAUAUCAUAUAAAUAAAGCUAGAAAACCUUCAACUA